GGCUGGCGCGCGGUAGUACUAUGAUUUGGUAUGUGGCCACUUUGAUAGCAAGUGUGAUCAGCACCAGAGGUCUUGCGGCUCAAGCUGCCCACGGCCUUCGAGAGGAGCCGGAGUUUGUGACUGCUAGAGCUGGAGAGGGCGUGGUCCUGCGAUGCGAUGUGAUUCACCCGGUGACGGGACAGCCCCCACCCUAUGUCGUGGAGUGGUUCAAGUUCGGGGUACCCAUCCCUAUCUUCAUCAAGUUUGGCUACUAUCCCCCUCAUGUGGACCCUGAGUAUGCAGGCCGGGCAAGUCUUCAUGAUAAAGCAUCCCUGCGACUGGAGCAGGUUCGCUCUGAGGACCAGGGCUGGUACGAGUGCAAAGUGCUCAUGCUGGACCAGCAAUAUGACACCUUUCACAAUGGCAGCUGGGUCCACCUUACCAUCAACGCUCCUCCCACCUUUACAGAAACACCCCCCCAGUACAUUGAGGCCAAGGAGGGUGGCAGUGUUACCAUGACCUGCACAGCUUUUGGGAACCCCAAGCCCAUUGUCACCUGGCUGAAGGAGGGGACACUCCUAGGUGCUAGUGGGAAAUACCAGGUGAGUGAUGGCAGCCUGACGGUGACAUCGGUCAGUAGGGAGGACAGAGGUGCCUACACUUGUCGUGCAUACAGCAUCCAGGGGGAGGCUGUCCAUACCACCCACCUGCUUGUCCAAGGGCCUCCCUUCAUCGUUUCCCCUCCUGAGAACAUCACUGUCAACAUAUCCCAGGAUGCUCUGCUCACCUGCCGGGCAGAGGCAUAUCCCGGCAACCUCACCUACACCUGGUAUUGGCAGGAUGAGAACGUCUACUUCCAGAACGACCUGAAGUUGAGAGUGCGGAUCCUGAUUGAUGGGACCCUGAUCAUCUUCCGGGUGAAGCCUGAGGAUGCGGGGAAAUACACCUGUGUUCCUAGCAACAGCCUGGGGCGCUCCCCUUCUGCCUCAGCAUACUUAACUGUGCAGUACCCAGCCCGUGUCCUCAACAUGCCCCCUGUCAUCUAUGUGCCCGUGGGAAUUCACGGCUAUAUCCGAUGCCCUGUGGAUGCAGAGCCGCCGGCCACCGUGGUCAAGUGGAACAAGGAUGGCCGCCCCCUGCAGGUUGAGAAGAACCUGGGUUGGACCUUGAUGGAGGAUGGCUCUAUUCGGAUUGAGGAGGCCACAGAGGAGGCUCUUGGCACUUACACCUGUGUGCCUUACAACACUUUGGGGACCAUGGGCCAGUCUGCUCCCGCACGGCUUGUCCUGAAGGACCCCCCGUAUUUUACGGUGCUACCAGGCUGGGAGUAUAGGCAGGAGGCUGGACGGGAGCUGCUUAUCCCCUGCGCUGCUGCAGGGGACCCUUUCCCUGUCAUCACAUGGAGAAAGGUAGGGAAGCCCAGCAGAAGCAAGCACAAUGCCCUGCCCAGCGGGAGUCUCCAGUUUCGAGCCCUGAGUAAGGAGGACCACGGGGAGUGGGAGUGCAUCGCCACCAACGUGGUCACCAGCAUCACUGCCAGUACCCACCUGACCGUCAUUGGCACCAGCCCCCAUGCCCCGGGCAGUGUCCGGGUCCAGGUCUCCAUGACAACUGCCAACGUGUCCUGGGAGCCAGGCUAUGAUGGAGGAUUCGAGCAGACAUUCUCAGUUUGGAUGAAGCGGGCACAGUUUGGGCCCCAUGACUGGCUGUCUUUGCCAGUGCCACCAGGACCCAGCUGGUUGCUAGUGGAUGCCCUGGAGCCUGAGACAGCAUACCAGUUCAGCGUCCUGGCCCAGAACAAGCUGGGAACGAGCGCCUUCAGUGAGGUGGUCACUGUGAACACUUUAGCAUUCCCUAUCACAACUCCAGAACCCCUGGUGCUGGUUACCCCACCGAGGUGCCUCACAGCCAAUCGGACCCAGCAGGGUGUGCUCCUGUCUUGGCUCCCCCCUGCCAAUCACAGCUUUCCCAUUGACCGCUACAUCAUGGAAUUUCGUGUCGGGGAACACUGGGAGACGCUAGAUGCUGCCAUCCCAGGCACUGAUGGAGACUUUUUUGCCAAGGAUCUGUCACAGGACACCUGGUACGAGUUCCGGGUUCUGGCCGUCAUGCAGGAUCUGAUCAGUGAACCCAGCAACAUUGCCGGCGUCUCCAGCACAGAUAUCUUCCCACAGCCGGACCUGACCGAUGAUGGGCUAGCUCGGCCUGUGUUGGCUGGAAUCGUAGCUACCAUCUGCUUCUUGGCAGCUGCCAUCCUGUUCAGCACCCUGGCUGCCUGCUUUGUCAACAAGCAGCGCAAGCGUAAGCUCAAGCGCAAAAAAGAUCCUCCACUUUCCAUCACUCACUGCAGAAAGAGCUUAGAGUCUCCCUUGUCAUCUGGCAAGGUGAGCCCUGAGAGCAUCCGCACUCUCCGGGCCCCAUCAGAGUCCUCUGAUGACCAAGGCCAGCCAGCAGCCAAGAGGAUGCUGAGUCCCACCCGAGAGAAAGAGCUAUCAUUGUACAAGAAGACCAAGAGGGCCAUCAGCAGCAAGAAGUACAGCGUAGCCAAGGCUGAGGCCGAGGCUGAGGCCACAACACCCAUUGAGCUCAUCAGCAGAGGCCCUGAUGGCCGCUUUGUCAUGGAUCCCUCUGAGAUGGAGCCCUCGAUGAAGAGCAGGCGCAUCGAGGGCUUUCCCUUUGCCGAGGAGACGGACAUGUACCCUGAGUUCCGCCAGUCAGAUGAGGAGAACGAGGACCCACUGGUGCCCACAUCUGUGGCUGCCUUGAAGUCCCAGCUGACCCCUCUGUCAUCUAGCCAGGAGUCCUACCUGCCACCACCAGCAUACAGCCCUCGGUUCCAGCCCCGUGGGCUGGAGGGCCCCGGCGGCCUGGAAGGUCGGCUCCAGGCCACAGGCCAAGCCAGACCUCCUGCCCCCCGGCCCUUCCACCAUGGCCAGUAUUAUGGGUACCUCAGCAGCAGCAGCCCUGGGGAGGUGGAGCCACCACCCUUCUACAUGCCAGAAGUGGGCAGCCCCUUGAGCUCUGUCAUGUCCUCCCCACCCCUGCACACUGAGGGGCCUUUUGGCCACCCUACCAUUCCUGAGGAAAAUGGAGAGAACGCUUCUAACAGCACGUUGCCCUUGACUCAGACACCCACAGGAGGGCGCUCCCCUGAGCCCUGGGGCCGGCCAGAAUUCCCCUUUGGGGGACUGGAAACCCCAGCCAUGAUGUUUCCCCACCAGUUGCACCCCUGUGACGUAGCCGAGAGUCUGCAGCCCAAGGCCUGCCUCCCCCGAGGACUGCCCCCCACCUCCCUGCAGGUGCCUGCGGCCUACCCGGGCAUCCUGUCUCUGGAGGCGCCCAAGGGCUGGGCAGGCAAGUCGCCAGGCAGAGGCCCUGUCCCACCACCCACCUCCGCUAAGUGGCAGGACAGACCUAUGCAACCUCUGGUGAGCCAAGGGCAGCUAAGACAUACUAGCCAAGGUAUGGGCAUACCCGUGUUGCCUUACCCCGAGCCGGCUGAGCCGGGGGGGCACAGCGGCCCCAGCACAUUUGGCCUGGACACUCGGUGGUAUGAGCCCCAGCCCCGGCCCCGGCCUAGCCCCCGGCAGGCCAGACGCGCCGAGCCCAGUUUACAUCAAGUGGUGCUACAGCCCUCCCGGCUCUCGCCUCUGACCCAAAGUCCCCUCAGCUCCCGCACCGGCUCCCCUGAGCUUGCCGCCCGGGCCCGGCCCCGCCCAGGCCUCCUGCAGCAGGCAGAGAUGUCAGAGAUCACCCUGCAGCCGCCGGCCGCUGUCAGCUUCUCUCGCAAGUCCACGCCAUCCACCGGCUCCCCUUCCCAAAGCAGCCGCAGCGGGAGUCCCAGCUACCGGCCCACCAUGGGCUUCACCACUCUGGCCACAGGCUACCCCUCCCCUCCGCCGGGCCCUGCAGGGCCUGCGGACAACCUGGAUGUGUUUGGACAGACGCCUUCCCCUCGAAGGAUGGGGGAGGAGCUGCUCAGACCAGAGCCCCCCCCACCGCCAUUACCUACUUCAGGAACACAUCCACCUGCACCCGGGCAUGCUGCUGCACCUGAGAGGCUGGAGGCUCUGAAAUACCAACGGAUAAAGAAGCCCAAAAAGUCAUCCAAGGGCUCUUCGAAGUCAAAGAAACGAUCCGACGGUUCUGCCUCCCAGGCUCAGCAGCUUCCAGACUCCCAGGUUCUGUGGCCCGACGAAGCCGUCUGCCUCCGAAAGAAGAAGAGACACUCUCGGCCUGACCCUUUUGCCCGCCUCUCAGAUCUGUGUCACCGCCAGCUUCCUGAAGACCAGACAGCGAUUCUCAACAGUGUGGAUCAUGAUGACCCUGGCCAUGCCACCCUGCUGUGAUACGACACAACUCUAAGUGCUCCCUGAGUGGCAGUGCUGGGGUGAGGGGUGAGGGAGGAUAAAGGUGUGCCAGCAGACGGGCAGUUUCAGGGACUGCUCCGACCUUUGUUCUGCUCAUUCUCUCUCCGGCCAGAGUGGAGUCUCUGAAUCCUGGCCCUCUGGUCCCACUUUUGGGACAGAAGGCCAGGGGCAGACCUGUAGGUGGAGAUCAGGAAGUGAACUGGGGACAGGGAGAGA